AUGAGUUCUUCAUCAAGCUCUCGUGAACCUUCACCAUCUAUGAAACAAACUUUACCAAACGAUUAUGGAGCACCUAUUGAAUAUUUCUUACGAGCUGCACAAUGGCAAAGAGCAGUCUCACCAAGGUUAGGUGUUCCACCAGCUCCUGUCAAAAAUAGCAUUUGGUCUCCCACUAGGUUUGCUAGCUACAGCAGGAGCAGUUAUGAUGUUGAAAAGAAAUAA